CAUUCAAUACAGGUAUAGUAUACCGUGCGGACAUUCACCACAGUCCGUACAACCUGCGCUAGGCUGGCAGGAAUGAUGUCCAUUCACGGCGACUGGAGUACAUAUACGCUGUUUCUCCUCCCUAAAAACAUCCUCUCCUUCCAAGCUACUCACGUGGACCCAGAACCAACUUACCAACUAGCCAAUCAUGCCGACCGUGGAGAUGGACCUGCGUCUUUCGCUCCCAUCGACCGGAACGGCAUUUGGACAGCUGCCACCGGUCCCCAAAGGGUUGAGACAAGGAGGAGCAAUCGCCAGUUUACCUGAUGAAGGCCCAAUACCCGAUCUGCCGCUCUCAACCACAGACGAGCACAUCCGAACAAUCCACUUCAUGUCGCCCGCGCACUUUGCCACCGUGAGACAGAACGUCCUCGCAAACCCACCCCGCACGGUUUUCGUUUACCACGCGUACCGAACGCCGACGGAGCUGGGAACUCAAGCGGCGCGUGACUACUAUGGCAACUCGGUCUUUACGUUCCGCGAUCUGACAGGCUUGCUGAGCUGGUAUUCCGCGUUGCCUGCCCGCCACCGCGCUCUGGUCAAGGACAUGCGCGUCGUCAAUCUCCGUGUGCCUCGUUUCCCUUGGCACACUGGCUACAUGUUGUGGGCGCAGAACAAUCUCGUCGCAGCAAGACCGCAAAUUGCACACACCGAGUCUUCUAUCGGCGCCGACUUCGCCACCAAGGUCGCCUACGAGAUCGAAUGCGCGGGGCUUCCGAUGCGUUGUGUCCUCAGGAUGCCAGCCACCGAUGCACCCCGACCUCCCGUGUCUGACUGGUGGCCGGUCGAUCCACGUGCUGGCGACCGCGUUCAGAUCGUCCCCUACAGGCCCCAUGCCUCCGCCAGUGGACCGUCUCGAUCGUGAAGUACGAGUUUGGGAAAUUAUCUGCCGCGUUUGCGGGUGACGGGUCUGAGGGUGCCGAAGAUGAACGAUUGGUGCAGUGAGCUACAUCACGAGAAGAGAAGAAGUUGAAGUAUGAAAGUGUGCCAGGCUGUCGGGAUUUCGGGUUUGAGUGGUGACAAAUUCCUCACGCCUCCACGUCUCAAG